CAGCGGCGUUGUUAUUGACGCCAUAUUGCUGGUGUGGAAGAGUCACAGAGAGACGCGCGACGGCCACCGCCGCAGUCAUCGCUCUUCAUCGGCGGCUCCAGGCCGGGUAGCCUCCCGUCAAGCCGCCCCCACCGGCCUAGACACCCUCCCGGAUACGACCCGGGGCGGAUUUUCCGCGGGCGGAGCCUAUAAGUCCAGCUGAGCCGGGCCCAAAGCUCCGGGCCGCUCCCUGGAGACGCAGGCGGAGCCGGCGGCCGGCAGGAGAAAGCCGAAGCGGCGCAGAGCGGUGGCGACCGGCCGUUUGACAAGACGCGGCAGCUCGGGAAGCUCUCCUCUCCCUCGCCUCCCGUGUCAGUCCUUCUGGCCGCUCCUUCGGUGCGAAAGGCCCAGCCGGCUCAGCUGCUGAGCCCCUUCUCCUUUUUCUUCCUCCUCCUCUUCCUCCACCGCCCUCCCUCUCCGCCCGGCUCGGCCAUGGCGUGCGGCGCGACCUUAAAACGGACUCUCGAUUUCGACCCUUUGCUGAGCCCGGCCUCGCCGAAGCGACGGCGUUGCACUCCAUUGUCCGCCUCGGCAGCCGCCUCUUCCUCUUCGGCCUCUUUUGCCUCGUCCCCGCAGAAAUACCUGCGCAUGGAGCCUUCGCCCUUCGGGGAAGUGUCCACUCGCCUCACCACAGAGCAAAUUCUGUACAAUAUAAAACAGGAAUACAAACGCAUGCAGAAGAGAAGACAUUUAGAAAACUUUCACCAAACAGAUCCUUGUUGUUCUACUGAUGCACAGUCACAAGCAUUUCUCCUUUCUGGACCAGCUUUGCCAGGUACUUCAUCUGCAGCGUCACCACCACUGAAAAAAGAACAGCCCCUCUUUACUCUCAGACAAGUUGGAAUGAUCUGUGAACGUUUGCUCAAAGAACGUGAAGAGAAAAUUCGUGAAGAAUAUGAAGAAAUCUUGACCACAAAACUUGCAGAACAGUAUGACGCAUUUGUGAAGUUUACGCAUGAUCAGAUCAUGCGACGAUAUGGAGAACAGCCUGCAAGUUAUGUUUCAUGAAUCAUGUUUUCUGCAUACGUGGGCAGCCCUGAAACCCUGUUCUGUUGUUGCAAGCUGUCCUUUAAAGACUUGCAACAAUGCCAUAUUCCCUCUCCUCCCCCCCCCCUCCUCUGUAUACACUGGUUAUUUCAAGCUUUUGUCAGUGGCAACCACUCUUAUGCAGCAACUGGUUUUGGAGUGCUCCCUGAUGUCAGUACCACCUGGAUGUGGACCUUUGCUACCUGUUAAUACCAGUGGUCUCAUUUGCUGUAUCAUUACAAUUUGGCUUCUGUUAAUAAGUUUGAAAAGUAAAAGGAUUAAAGCUGGUGUAUUAGAACUCUGCCCUUAACUGGUUGUGUAAAUAAAAGUGUAGAAUGACACUUCUGACUGAAGUUAGUGUGGUUUUCAUAACUGUGCACUGCAAAAUUGUAUUCACAGUUAAAUUAGAAUGUAAUCCCUGGACAACGUCUAAGCAAUUAGCCCACAGUACUGCCUGUGACAUAGUGAAGGAGGGCAUUUUUGUAUUCCAUGACUUUUUUGGGGGGGUUAAGAAUGGGUUUAUAUAAGUUCUCAUUUUUGUAGGUUUUAUUUAUUCUAUCAGUCUUUAACAAAUGUUUAUUGCUGCAAUUUUUCAGUGUAUCAUUGUUUUACUGCCCUUGUAGUACUGGAAUUUAGUUGAAAGAAUAAAACAUUUACUUCUAA